AUGCAACAGGGAGAUUACAAUCCGUACUAUCACAACCAGUACUCUCAAUUUCAAAACCCUACCCCAAAUCCUAUUCCUAACCCCAAUCCCAAUCCCUCUCCGCCGGCGCCAAUAGCCGCUGCCCCCACCGAUCUUUCUCGGAACACGUACGCAUCAGCGCCACCGUUCACAGGCGGUUACGGUUCGAACGAUUACUCUAACUAUUCACAGAAUUACACUCCGUAUGGGCAAAACUCUUCUGAUCAUGUCCCUCCUUCAGCUCCUUCCUUCACUCCACCAUCACAACCGCCUCCUCCUUCUCCUCCGUCCGUAAACCCUAAUUCAUAUUCUAAUUUCAACCAACCGCCUCCGCCCACGAAUCAUCCACCACCUCUAUCAUCUUACGGAUCAUUUGAUUCUACCGCACCGUAUCAGCAAUCCACCACCACGCAACCGACGUAUUACUCACCGUAUGAUCAGCAUCAGACCACUGGCUAUUCUCAUGCGCCUCCUCCUUCAUCUGCGCCUGCGCCUUCUCCGAAUCCUAAUCCUGCGCCUUACUCAUCAUCCUUGUACUCUGCACCUCCUUACACUGGUGGAGGAUCAUCCGUACCUCCUUCGUACGAGAAACCGUACGACAAGCCUGUGAAGUUUGAUCAAUCUGGUUAUGGCGGUUACGAGCGGAGCAGAUCAGAUUUAGGAUCUGAUUUAUAUGGGAAACGAUCUGAUAGCGGAGGUUAUCCCUCUUUUGAUGAUUCUUCAUAUGGCGAUGGCGUAUAUGCUUAUGAAGGAGGCAAAGUUGAGCCAUACGGUUCUCGUGGAACUGCACCGAAAUCGUCCAAUUCGACAUUGUUCGAUGAUUAUGGACGAUCCAUUAGCUUCUCAUCAGGGAGAGAGUCCUCUGUUAGCUCGAAUUCUGCUAAGAUCGUGAGAGCUGUCCCCAAGGCUGAUGUACAGGAAGAUUCCACUGGUGGUGUUCAGAAGUUUCGUGUCAAAUUGUUGGCUGAGACUUACGGACAAACCACAACAGAUGUUCUUUGCCAGACUCCGUACUCGUAUUACUACAAGUUGAAUGGAUCAUAA